AUGUCGGGCACCCGGCCGUCCACAGUGAUGUGCGAACUAACAUUAGUGUACGAAGGCAGAAAGAACCUCUACAACAAUGAACAUGUAGCCAUAAAGAUGGAGCCUAUGAAAUCCAAGGCUCCGCAAUUACACCUAGAGUACAGAUUUUACAAGUUACUAGGCACGCACGCUCCUUCCACAGCGGAAGGGAUCCCCGAGGUGUAUUACUUCGGGCCGUGCGGUAAAUACAAUGCACUGGUGAUGGAACUACUGGGCCCGUCGCUCGAGGACCUGUUCGAUCUGUGCGGGCGACGCUUCUCUCUAAAGACUGUCCUAAUGAUCGCCAUGCAGCUCCUUCAUCGUAUCGAGUAUGUCCACACAAGACACCUCAUAUAUCGGGACGUAAAGCCGGAGAAUUUUUUAAUAGGUAGAGCAUCGACUAAAAGGGAAAAAAUCAUUCACAUCAUUGAUUUCGGUUUGGCCAAAGAAUAUAUAGACUUAGAGACAAACAAACAUAUCCCAUAUCGGGAGCACAAGUCGCUCACCGGGACUGCCAGAUACAUGUCAAUAAACACACAUUUAGGCAAAGAGCAAUCGAGACGCGACGAUCUAGAAGCUCUCGGGCACAUGUUUAUGUAUUUUUUACGUGGUUCCUUACCCUGGCAGGGUUUAAAAGCAGACACACUUAAAGAACGAUACCAAAAAAUCGGCGAUACCAAACGGGCAACACCAAUCGAGGUACUUUGUGAAGGUCAUCCAGAGGAACUGGCGACGUAUUUACGAUACGUCCGCCGGCUGGACUUUUUCGAAACGCCCGAUUACGACCAGUUAAGACGUAUGUUCCGCGAUCUUUUCGAGAGGCGUGGCUACGUCGACGACGGCGAGUUCGACUGGACCGGCAAAACGAUGUCUACACCAGUGGGCUCCAUUCAGACAGGCCACGAAGUCGUCGUCUCGCCCAACCGCGACAGACAUCAGCCCUUUCACAAGGGGGCUGUAAAAGACACUGGUACGGGUGGAACGGCGAACACGGGCGGCAAUUGGCCCCACAGCGGUAAAGCUACGCCCUUGACUACAGGACAUCUGACGCCCGCCGAUAGGCACGGAUCUGUUCAGCUAUUGAAGAAUAAGCAUUUUCGGUAUGUGAAAUUUCCCGGAUCUGUGUCCACGGUCAGUUGUGAACAUUUUGCGACAAUCCUUGUUGUGGCUGUCUGCAUGCCGCUUGAUGCUUUCCUUAAUCGCAUUCACCUGCACACCCGCAGUUCAUUGAAUACUGUUGAAGCUCCAAAUUUGUCGAUGCCUACUGCCGCAGUCUUUAUUCUAAUAUUCAAGGUGGUGAGUUCUACGAAUGGUGAACUGGGAGCAGACGAUCCCACUGCGGGUCACAGCAAUACCCCUAUCACGCAACCGCACCACGAGGUGGACGUGGUCGACGACACCAAGUCAGUGUUUCAACUAUGCUGCUGUUUCUUCAAGCGCAAAAAGAAGAAAUGCGCGGCGCGUGCGGGCAAGUGA